UAAGAGCCCACCGGUUUUUUUUUUUUUGGCUUAUAACUGUUGCUGGUUUUUGUGUUUGUUUUUGUUGUUGUGUUCCUGGUCCUUUAUGCGGUAUCACGUGUGUGUGUGAGAGGUGAGGUGAGUUAUCGGCAUGGCCACGCCUCCACACAGCAGCCGAGGCGGUAGAAGAAGCGCAAAUAAAUAUGAUUAAGCUUAAGAAUAUAUAAUAAUACAAAAAGAGAAAGCAAGAACGAACGAAGAAAGGAAAAAAAUAAAUAAAAACGUACAAGUCGCAACGCCAGAAGAAAAAGAAGCAAAAGCAGCGUCUGAAGAGGAAGAAAGUUCAAAUGAAAUAACGCAAUAUAAAAACAUAAAUAACUAAGAAAAGUGCCAGGAGAAGAGGAGAAAGCGGAGCAUCGCAGCGCAGCAGAGGAGGAAGAAGAGCAAAGAAGACAACCCAAAAAGAAGAAAUCAGCAGAAGAGUCGCCAGGACAGACGGAGGAGCAGCGCGGCCAGAGCGACUGAGAGAGGGAGCCAAAGAGCGGGGGAGCAGCAGCCGGACAACAAGAGAGAAUCGAGCUCAAUUACGCCGCCAAACUGUCGUGUCAGCAACAACGUGAAAUGUGCAAUUCCUGGCUGCUGCUCAUAAUUGCGCUCUCCGUCGUCGUCUGCCUGUGGAACUCGCAACAAACCGAAACAUCCAAAUCAUGCCCACCCGAGUGCAUCUGCUUGUCCCAGACUCAAGUUCUGUGCAACACCGGAGGUCUUGAGCAGAUCCCGCUCCGCCAGCUGCCGGCAACGGUGGAGAACCUGGCCCUGACCAAGAACAACUUCCCGAUCAUCAAGCCGGACUCCUUCGCCGGCCUGCGGGCGCUGAAGAAGCUCUCGCUGGACGGCAACAACAUAACCAGGAUCAGGCAGUUCGCCUUCCGGGGUCUGCCCCGGCUGAAGGAGCUAUCGAUCCAGUACACGCCCCUGCAGACGGUGGCCCAGUUCGCCUUUGCCGGACUGCAGAAUCUGUCGACGAUCCUGCUAAGUCACAACCAGAUCCAGAGGAUCGAGGGCAACGCCUUCGCCGGAACGUCCAACAUCAAGCUGAUCCUGCUGACGAACAAUCCCCUGAUCCGGAUCGACAGCUCGGCGUUCUCGAGUCUCACCAACGUGGGGCACUUGAUCCUGCCGUCGGGCAUCAGGAGCAUCGAGCAGGACGCCUUCUACGGCAUGGACACGGUGGGCCUACUGAAGCUGGCCUACAUGGAUCUCAAGGAGGUGGCCCCCUUCACAUUUCGCGGCCUGACGAACGUCCUCCUGCUGACGCUCCAGGAGUCCGACCUGGGUGUGAUAUGCGCCGACGCCUUCACAGGACUCGCCCAGGUGGAGACUCUGCAGAUCCUGAACAACAAAAUCGACUCGAUCGAGGAGCUCAACUUCACAGCGUCCGCGGCUAUAAAGCACUUGAAGUUCUUCGGCAACCAUGUCCUGGAGACCCCCGAUCCGAACGCCAUCAUCGUGGACGGCGUGGAGCAAUUGCAGCUUGUCAACAACCACUUUCCGUGUGGCUGCCACAUACACACGCUGCUCGACGGCCCCCUGGCCGAGGGGGCGCACAACUUGAGCGAUUUUCUCCAGAAGAACUACUGCAUUUCUCCGCUGGAGGUGAAUGGCCGGGUGAUGAGUGAGCUGGACAUCGACUCCAUCGGUCGUUGCUCCGAUCAGCUGACCAAGGGGAAUCUGGGCAGCUCGGCGGCGUCGCUGGCCCUGGGCCUCAACUCCAUGCUGCUCAUCGCGGUGGCAAGUUGCGCGGAGUGGCGCCACUUCCGGCAGUUUGCCGCCCGACUAGCGCAGCUUUUGGGUCACGUGGCUUGGCGGAGGCGUCGGAAAAGGCGAAAGGGUCACUAGGAAAUAGUCAUAGGAAAGAAAAAGUUCCAGUUGGUCCAGGAGAACCAGGACAUCAUCCAAGAGAUCCAGUUGCUGCACAGGAUUUCUGCCACAACGACUGUCCAGGGGCAGGCUCAAGAACAGACACAAACUCCGCACCGAGAAACCUGAGAGCAGACACCUAAUCGUCUUCAUCUCGAUGAAUUCCCCUCGAUUGUUUUGAUUGCGAGGAUAUCGUCUUCUGUUUAUAUAUCUGUCUUCUAAAAUAUAUAAAUACCCACACGAGUGCUGUUCAUAUAUGCAUAUACCAUGGUGCAUACAUAUAUGCAGAAAAGGCUACAAAUUGUCAAAUUGUAAAACGCUGCAGUUUUGCUAUCAAAAUGCGAAAUCUGAGAGUCUCUGUUCUUGUGUGCCCUCGCCCUGCCCCUGUCCCGGCCCGUUUUUCAACUUUCAACUAAAAAAAUAAAAUAAAAUAAAGUGAAAAAAAUUUGCUGAACCCUGGGCUAAUCCUGCAACCAGGACACUGCAUCCUGCAUAUCCUGGACCCGAGGGCGUUCCGUUACGUUUGUUUGUUAGUUGUUUACGUUUCUGUUGCCAUUUUGUUCUGUUUGCGUUAAAUUCGAAAAAAUGCAGAAAAUGCGAAUCGCAGAAUGCAGAGUGUAGAGUGUAGAGUGCAGAAUGCAGUAGAAAGGACACUGGAUACUGAAUACAGGAUACCGGACUGCGGAUUGAACACUAAAUAAUUAUAUCGAAUUUCGAGUCAAAUGUGUGUAAAUCAUAAAGUGAACACAUAUGGACAACGGCAUAGACAAAAUCCGAUUUAAGCGUAUUUAAGCAUAUGUAUUUGUAUUUGUUUAUGUGACAGUAAAACCUAUAUAUAUAUAUAAACAUAUAUAUAAUGAAUUUUUUUUUUAUCAUAGCUGAUAGUUCAUAAAUAACUGGGAAAAUUUAUUGGCCAAUUAAUAAAGAUGCAAUUUAUCCGUAUAUGUGGAGAACAAACAACAAACAAACGACAUCUGCAUUACCUAGCCAGAUGAAUGAUAUAUAUACACGCAUAUAUAUAUAUAUGUAUACCCACAUAUAUAGCCCGUCUAGUCAAUUAAUGCCACAGUAUCUUGUAUCUUUGUAUCUAUGAUAGCUAAACCUAAUGCUAAAGGGGAAACCACAACAAAAUUUGUACUUAUUUUAUAGCAAACGAUGUACGGUAUAUACGAAAUUACACACUAUUAUUAUUAUGGAUAAAUAUGUGAUAAACAGAAUGUUUGCAUUGCCCUCACAGGACUUGGAAAAGGAAAGAAAAACAGAUUCCUGUACAUAUCAAAAAUUAAGAAAAGUAUCGAGCAUCAAUUACCAACUUGCUUAGCUAAAUUAUUAAAAAAAAAACACAGUGUACAUUUUAUAGCAAAGUCCACCAGGAAUAUUCCCAAUAAAUAUAUAUGUAUUUCCACAUAAGCUAAGCCCGAAAUUGGAAACUGGUAAAUUAAAUGUAAAUUAAAACAAUUUGUCCAAACAAUUUAGCCGCAAAUCGAAUCGAAUCGAAUUGGUUUGAAUUGAAUUGAAACAAAAAUAACGAUGUUUUCCAAGCAAAUCGUUUUCUCCACAUAUAUAUAAUAUAUAUAUACAUAUUAUAUAUAUGAGUAUGAGUGUGUGUAUGUGUGCGUAUCCUUGCUGGUAGAUUGAUAUUCCAAUUAGAAAUGCUAACGAGACAAGUGAGGGUUCAGAACAAAUACAAACACAGACUCGAACACAUACACACACACACAAAGCGGAAUGCACUCAGUCAGCAUUUACUAUAUAAACAGAAAAUCAACUAGCAUAUACUUAUAUAUACGAAAAUAAAUAUAAACAAAUAUACCAACAUCUAGAUACUGAAGUUGAUAAUUUUUUUUUUUUUUUUAUCAGUCUGCUAGCUGAAAUCCUAAUCUUAAUUAGCCAUGGUAAUACUAUUAAUAUUUAUAGCGAAUGGUAACUCUAGAUAACAAAUAUCGAUUGUUAACUCUGCGAUAAUGACUUCGAUUAAUGUAAAAUAGCAUAAUUGUGUCGCCCAAGUAAGUGUUUCCCAUCACCAUUAUUUGUAUGUCCAAAACGAAGGCAAUUAAAGCGUCAUUAUGCAUUAUUAUACUAUAUGGAAUAUAUAUAAUGUUAACUGUAGGCUAACUAUGAGACAUACAGGUGCAUAACGAUAACGAUAAUAUCGAUAACAAUUACAAAUACCAGCUGCAAACUCAAAGGCAAACUAAGAUCCAUGAUAAUAUAUAAUAACAAUAAUAAUCAAACCUACUAUCGAUGAAGAAG